AUGGCGUGCAGGGUGAACGAAUCUGCUGAUAGAGGGUCUGCUAUUGAGGUGAUGAGCCUGAGGAGGACCCAGUCCCUGAAGAACCUUUCUGGGGUUCAGGAGAGGUCAUGGGUCAUGCCAGCUCCCACCCGCUGGGACAGGAAGUCUGUGUCUCAGCUGGUGCAACGUUACCAAAGCUGUGACGAUUUAAGGAGUUCUGAAAAGGCAGAGCAUAAACUCCAGGUGCCAGAAAGCUGUGUGGAGGCUCGAUGGAGGAGGCUGGAGAGCAAGGAGAAUGUGGCCCUGCAGGGAUCUUUUAGAAGCUUUGGCCUGUCGAGGAGUCGCUCCAUGGACGUCCUGCCUCAGAGGGAGGCUUCAGGCACCAGAGCGCUGUGUGCCCUGUUUGAGUCCAAGGCCACCUUGCAGCAGAGAUUCAACAGCAGCCCUCGGCUGAAUUCCACGUCUGCUCCGGGCAAGAAGACAGGAAGAGACUGCCCUCUGCAGGACUGGAGAAGUCAUAACACUCCUUUAAAGGACACAACCAUUCAGAGAACCGCCCAGCUGGAGGGAGAAAAGGCCACGAAUGGACUCCCCAAGUCUUAUGACAGACCAUCCAGAUACUCACACGAUGACAAAUAUAGUCCAUCACUGACUAAGGGGGGCACCCCAACAAGACAAGCCAGAGACAGGAUAUCUACUUCCUCCUCCAUUAGAGACAGAUCAGCUCUCUAUCUGUCAAGAGCAGCAGCUAUCGACUCCACAGGAGCCUCAACACAGCCAGAAUUCAUUGGUACUCCAGGAACGAGGACUAAAAACAGUAAGUUCCUGUCACCCGCCAAGGAAAUGUGUUCUGCCUGUUUGACACCUGUGUAUCCAAUGGAAAAAAUGGUGGCCAAUAAACUUAUCCUGCACAAGAACUGUUUCUGCUGUAAACACUGUAAGAAGAAGCUCAGCAUUCACAACUAUUCAUCUCUUUAUGGAGAGUUCUACUGCAUGUCUCACUACCAACAGCUUUUUAAAAGAAAAGGAAAUUAUGAUGAGGGAUUUGGACACCAGCAACAUAAAGACCGCUGGCUUCAGAAAAGUAAAGGAAUAGAUGAGCCAGAUCCCAUGUCCACUCCCAAAAUGACAAAAAGCAACAUAAACACCAGAGAGUCAUCUGCUGGUGUGUUUGUUACAAAGUCAUUUGCAAGAGAGAUGGUCAGUGGUGCUGACAUUAGGGGCAAACUGAAAGUGAGCUGGCCACCAGAGAAGAAGAGUACAGGGGUUAACCUGCCACAGCGGACAUAUGCACCUGCUCUGAAAAAUAAAAUACCUGACUUCGGCAAAGCAGCUACAAUCAGCAUGAGCUCUGCAGAGCAUCAGAAAAGUCCCAAAACUCAAUUGAAGAUCAGCCAGGGAGAAGAAAUGAAAGAUAAUGUGAAAAAACUAUCAAACACCUUCAUUUCAGGCGUCAAGGAACAAUCUAAGACAACAGAUUAUGACUUAGCUGAGAAGUUGCACACAGAAGAACCAAAACCUGGGUGUGAUCCAACCAAGGCUGGACAUUUCCAAGGCAGCAUCUCUCAAAAAGUGCCUAAUUUUUCUUCCCCCUUCUUAGAAAAGGGUAACACUGUCACAAGCAAAAAAACAGAGCAGACAAAUGUGGCACCCACCAUAAAAAAAAGCUAUAAUCCAACAUCUAACAGGCUGGAUGCUUAUUCAAAUAAAGCUAAGAAGUUUGUACGGUUUGCCCCAAAUGUUGAUGUUGCUCAGUAUGACCAGACGUCUCAACUGACCUCGAGAACCAAACACGAGGAGCUCAGUAAACCAUUUUCAGACCGCACUGAACUUAGCCAACUUGAUAAAUCAAAAGAGAUAAAAGAUAUCAAUGAACAAAAUAACUUUGAUCAUUUGUCAUCUGAGUUCAGCGAAGAACAGCAUGCAAGUGAGGUGAACCUUGAACCCCUUGAAUAUAAAUGCCACGGAGUGACAACCAAUAUAUUAAACACAGAGCAUGGUGUUAAGGUGGAGGGUAGUCAAAAGAUCCCACAGACCGGUGACAAAGAUAGUUUUACAGUUCUAAAUGGAGUUGUAGAGAAGGUUGAGGAAUCACUUCAUACCCAAAGUUUUACUAAAAUGACAAGUGACAAUUCAGCUCAAGAAGGUGUGACACAUCAAGAGCCAUCUGAGAAACUGGAUGUCAUUCCAAGAAACUCAGAAAAUGGAGGUGAUCCAGACAGUCCUGCAAAACAAAUGACCAAAGAGGAAGCCAGUCUUGAAAGCGAUGAAAAUAAGUUUGAAAAGCCCAACUCAGCAAAUGAGCAAGAAAAUUAUGGCAGUCAGAAGAAGGUUGUUGCAAAAACAAAUUCUUUCAAGGGUUCUGUAAAACAGGCUGAAAAGACAAAGGUCAAACUGGGAUCCUGGUCCAAAGGAAAGAGUCCUUUGUCAAAACUCUUUACAUCGAGUGGAAAUGAAAAAACAAACAAGGUUGAACCAAAAGAGGCCAAGAAACCAGAAGCCAAACCUAGUGGUGGACUCCUAGGAAGACUAUUUCAGUCAUCCUCAGAGAAGACUGAGGACACCACGAAAUCGACAGCACAUGGUAAAAGAAAUGACAACAUACAUGGUGGUGACAAGAGAACAGAGGAGGUAAAGGAGGCCAUUACAAAAGAGAAGCAAAAGGAAGGCGACACACUUCAAGUUCCACCUCUGGAACAAGAAUCUGGGGAAGAUAUGAAGGACAAGUCAGCUUCUUCUGACCCCAACACAUUGGAAAGUAACAAAGAUGAGGCUAUAAUCACAUAUACAGAACCAUCCAACCUGGACCAGACAUCAACUAGUGAAAUAGGUGAUGACCUGACAGGUCCAUCACAAACUGAUAUAAAUCCAACUGAUGAUCAGAGCAGGGAGACUAUAGGCCUGUCUGUCACUGAUCCUGGAAUAGCUGACUCUAAAGAUCCUCCUUCUACUGUGCAAUCAAAGAACCAAGUGUCUGAGGAGUCCGUCUGUCAGUCAAUAGCUGAGAAAAGUGUUGAUGCGAGUUUGAGCGACCCAUUUAAUGAUAGUAUUUUUGUAGACAGCAUCAGUUCUGUCUCUGUUGAACCACAAGUCAUUCAGAUAAAUACAGAUGAAUGUGUUCAAAAGCCAGAUAAAUUACUUGAUGCACCUGACCUAGGAGGAAGAAACCUUAAUGAUGGAGCACUUUUCGAUCUCAACCAAGAACCCCCACUAGAUUCCUCUGAUCUUUUUGGUCCAUCCGAAUCUCAGGAGAUUUUUGUGAACACCCCUGCAUUUUCAGCUACUGUUAGGGAUACAGCUUUGUCUGCUGAUGCUUCUGCUGAAAGUGUUGGCCUGCUUGACUCUAAACUUGGAUCAGUUGCUGAUGCUUCUGCUGAAAGUGUUAGCCUGCUCGACUCUAAACCUGGAUCAGUUGCUGAGGCUUCUGCCGAAAGUGUUAGCCUGCUCAACUCUAAACCUGGAUCAGUUGCAGAUGCUUCUGCUGGAAGUCUUAGCCCGCUCGACUCUAAACCUGGAUCAGUUGCUGAUGCCUCUGCUGAAAGUCUUAGCCUGCUUGACUCUCAACCUGGAACAGUUGCUGAUGCUUCUGCUGAAAGUCUCAGCCUGCUCGACUCUAAACCUGGAUCAGUUGCUGAUGCUUCUGCUGAAAGUGUUAGCCUGCUCGACGCUAAACCUGGAUCAGUUGCUGAUGCUUCUGCUGAAAGUCUUAGCCUGCUCGACUCUAAACCUGGAUCAGUUGCUGAUGCCUCUGCUGAAAGUCUCAGUCUGCUCGACUCUAAACCUGGAUCAGUUGCUGAUGCUUCUGCUGAAAGUCUUAGCCAGCUCGACACUCAACCUGGAUCAGUUGCUGAUGCUUCCACUGAAAGUGUUAGCCUGCUCGCCUCUCAACCUGGAUCAGUUGCUGAUACCUCUGCUGAAAGUCUCAGCCUGCUCGACUCUAAACCUGGAUCAGUUGCUGAUGCUUCUGCUGAAAGUCUUAGCCAGCUCGACACUCAACCUGGAUCAGUUGCUGAUGCUUCCGCUGAAAGUGUUAGCCUGCUCGCCUCUCAACCUGGAUCAGUUGCUGAUGCCUCUGCUGAAAGUCUCAGCCUGCUCGGCUCUAAACCUGGAUCAGUUGCUGAUGCUUCUGCUGAAAGUCUUAGCCAGCUCGACACUCAACCUGGAUCAGUUGCUGAUGCUUCUGCUGAAAGUGUUAGCCUGCUUGACUCUCAACCUGGAUCAGUUGCUGAUGCCUCUGCUGAAAGUGUUAGCCUGCUCGACGCUCAACCUGGAUCAGUUGCUGAUGCUUCUGCUGAAAGUGUUAGCCUGCUCGACCCUCCACCUGGAUCAGUUGCUGAGGCUUCUGCUGAAAGUCUUAGCUUGCUUGACUCUCAACCUGGAUCAGUCAAAAGUGAGGUGACACUUGGCAUGGCAGAUCAGCUGAUUGAUCCCAACUCAGCACCUGUCAACCAAAAUGAGAGUCAAGCUCCAAGUCCUUUCACUGCAAAUAGCCAGACAAAAGAGCAGGACACUGAUUUUGACAUAUUCAGCUCAAAUGGCAGUCUGUUCACUCCGUCACCUGCCGUUAGUGUGUCUGAUCAAGGAGGAGCUGAUGCUUCCACAAACCAGCUGUCCGCCUUUCCUGAUGAUAUCUUUGGAGUCAGCGAAAUCUCAAGCAGUGCAGAUGUUUUUACAGUGCUGCCGUGUACUCCAGCCACUCCUAAUUCACUGAAUGAUUUUCUUGGUUCAGAUACAAUUUCUACUGCUGCUCCUUCAGCUCAGGCAGAUCUUUUUGCUGUUGACAUCUUUGCAUCAGAACCACAGUUGCUACCACUGUCCGAGCCAAGUGAUGCAAAUUCCUUUGUGGGCAGUCUAUUAGUUUCUGAAAACAACAAUACUCAGCAGGCAGCAGAAAAUGCUGUCACAGACAGUAGCUGGAUGGAUGAUUUGCUCGGGUGAAAGCAGCACUGUGUUUCCAUUAUGUAAUACACAAUAUUGGAAAGUGCAAAAAUAAAGAAAGAAGUCCAUAGAUAUGACAAGCCACUAAACAUUUAAUGAGUUAACAAAAAUACAUUUAAUGCUUUAAUUUACCACUGCAUUGUAUUUAGAAAUAUGAAAAGUAUCAAAUUCAACCUAUGAGACUGGUGUGACUUCAAAUGUGUGCAGUAAAGACGUGUCUUUACAUUCAAGCUGCAAAAUCAACGUAUUUUAUGACAUGAACAUGAUUUUCUUUCAAAGUUAACACAGAAAAAGCAGGCAAUGUAACUUGCUGAAUACAUUUAAAGGGAUUUUGUGUGAAUAAAUUGGUAAUAAAUGAAACGAGGCAAGAAUAAGACUAACUGUAAAUUGUCAGUAAAAAACUGUAAAUAUGCUGAUACAAAAAUUCUUUCUCCUGAAUGAAUUGAUUAAUAGCUGUAACAAAAUUAAAACUUUAAGCAUUACAAAUUUGAAAUUUCUUUCUGUAAUUGGACUUUUUUUACUGACCCCUUGAAGUUUUGGCUCAUAAAACACUAUAAAUGCCAGGUAGCAUUUUGGUAACUGUAGUUCAAACAUUACUCCUGGGCAACCCUUUAUUUUCGGGGCCCUUAAAGCAACAAUUACACAUUUUGAGGAAUACACUUAUUUGUUUUCUUGUCAAGAGUGAGAUGGGAGAAUCAAUAACACACUUACAGUCUUUGUGCCAAACUGGCUGGUGGCUGUACAAUACCUUCAUAUUUACUGAAUUAAGUGUAUUUCUCUAAAUGUCAAACCAUUUCUUUAAUUUCCUGGAAAUUCUUCCAAAUAAUUUGUUGGUGUGUAACUGUAAAUUCAUCACUUCCUGGAAAAAUGCUAUUUAUGUAUGUUUGGUGCUAUAAGGGGGAAAUAGAGAAAUUGUUCAGUUGGAAAGUGCAUGCUCUUCGUACUUUCUUUUUUUCACCCUCUCAAGCUAUCAAACAAAGAAGUAAACUGACCAAUUUGUAAUAAAGUAAAAAAGAGAGUGAUGUCUUGUGAUAGGAUGCUGAUAUAUUGUGUUAGUUACUUUGGAAAUGGAUGUAAUUCUGUCUUAUCCACAACCUUUUUUUACCAACAUUCUUUUUAUUGUUCUCACAACAUAAAGAAAUAUCAAGUAAUACAGUUACAUACAUUGAACGAUCAUGUCAACCUCCCAUCCUCCACCCCCCACAUUAUUCCAGGUCUUGGAUGGGGGUCAGGAUAAUGCUUUAUAGUGCAUUACCUUGUGUAAAAAAGGAAGAAAAAAAGAAAUAUAUUUCUACAAUAUUAUUUACUGCAAAGAGCCACUGUUCACACGUCCCCAGGUUCUUCCAUCACACUUGACAAGUCUGUUCUUGAUACAUAGUAAAUGAAAGGGUCCCAGAUCUGCUGAAAAUUAAAAUUAUGUUGUUGAUGUUUUAUGGAAUAGGUAAUUUUCUCUAAAGGGAGAGUUAUGGAUAGCUCAGACAACCACCUGCUUAUACUUGGUCUCCUGGUGUUUUUCUAUGAGAAAGUUAUUACUCUUUUUGCCAUUAACACACUUAAGUCUACAAAUAUUCGUUGAUUCUUUUUAAGUUUCAAAUUAUCUGGAUGUAAACCUAAUAUAAACAGCUGUGGAAUUAAGGGUACUUGAAUCUGUAAAAUAUUUUGAGUACAUUGUUUCACUUCUUGCCAGAAUUUUUGUAUUUCUGUACAUUGCCAAGUACAAUGGAAAAAAGUACCUUUUUCCUUCUCACAUUUAAUACAAAUAUCAGGUAUAGCGCUGUUAUAUCUGUUUAGCUUUUCUGGAGUUAUAUAUGUUUGCAUCAACCAGUUAUAUUGUAGCAAUUUCAGGCAGGUGUCAGGAGUUCUCGAUUGUGCUUAAGUGCUUAUCCACAACCUUUAAAAGAAAGUUUGAUUUAUUUUAAUUGUAAACAUCAGCACAGAAAUGUUAUUCUUGAGUAAUUUUAAUGCUCAUUCUGUAGAAUUUUAUUGUCAAAAAAUGAUUUUAUCUUGUUUACAUGCAGUGUGCCAUACUGAGAAUAAAACUGUCUUAAAGAACAAGUCUAAAAACCAUAUUGUUCAUUACUGACAACAUC